GAGACAUCUAAAUUAAAUACAUUACUGGCAUCAUCUGUUCGUCGUGGAACUGUGUUAUGUCGUGAGUAGCAACAGCGGUUGUCCACGUAUCGUAGAAAAGAAACAAUCGCGUUCGUGAUUUACGAACAACAAAUGGCUAACGCAUUAGGUGCCGUUGAUUGGGAAGAUCUGAGAAGACAAGCGAGACACUUGGAGAAUGAAAUCGAUGCAAAAUUGGUAGCGUUCAGCAAGCUUGGCAUCAAUAGUGGCUCCAAGCUUGUCAACACCGACGAAGUGCCACUAUUAGACGAGGAACAUGUUUUCGAGAACAUGGCCUCUGAAAUUGAGGCAUUGCUCGCGAAAUUGAUGUCUAUAAACGAAAGAAUGAGCGAGUUACAGCCAAACGGAGCUGCGAUGUUGCACACGAUGCAACGUCACAAAGAUAUAUUAAAAGACUACAAGCUGGAGUUUAACAAAAUCAGGAAUAACUUUGCCGCGAGGAGAGACAGGGAGGAUUUACUGGGCAGCGUCCGCAAAGAGAUCGAUAACUACAAAAGCGUGAGCGGGCUGAACCGUCGGGAGAUGUACAUGAAGGAGAACCAGCAUAUUCAGGCUUCCGAUCGUUUGCUGAACGAUCAAAUAAGCAUUGCGGUGGAAACGCGAGAACAUUUGAUGACCCAAAGACAAACGUUCAAACGUAUUCAGACCAGGCUGAACGACAUCUCGAAUCGAUUUCCAGCGGUGAACAGUCUGGUGCAAAGGAUAAAUCUGCGGAAGAGACGAGACUCGCUUAUCCUCGGCCUUAUUAUCGGAUUUUGUACGUUUCUCAUGCUGCUUUACGCUUUCCACUGAAUCACCUUCGAUACCAAAGUACUUCCACCCAUAGUGAGUCGUCGAGGGAUACAUACAUAAUAUGUAGACGAGGUAUUUGGUGAUGUAUUUACUAUGUAUAAUGAAUUAGGGUAUACUCGAGUCGGGAGAGUGGACACGGAAUCGUAUGUAACUUGUGAAGAUGAAUCUUGAACGAAUGAUCGGACGAUCGAAUGCAUGUUGUACCUCUUCCUCGUGAAAGAGGGAAAAAUGAAACGACAACAAAAAUAAAUGUUGAACUGUACAGUUUUUUUUAUACUUAAUGUAAGUCAUGGACGAUACUGUGUAAAGAACAAUUUUGAUCCAUGAUUGAUACGUUAAUUUAAUAAAUGUUAAAACGAACGGUGGAAGCUUUACGCAUUUACAAAAUUA